GCCAGACAGCUCGAAACCAUAUCAAUCGCCAGAAUUAGUUGAUUCAUUCUUUCUUGUUCUAUUGUCGCUGAUUCCACUUAUCUUGGUCAAUCAGCUUCUGCUUGCCGCUUAGAUAAGCCAUCCCGGCUCGGAGCCCAAAUCCUUGCGCCGGCCGGCCGUGACGAAAGCAUCUCUGGAAGAGCAGACUGCACAAAAGCCAGGCAACAAACAGGUUGACCUAAACAUCACUAUUGGAACAUUCACAUUACGCACACUCAACGAUGCGUCGCUCUGUGUUGCGGGCUGUCGACUCCGCAAAGCCGCUGGCUCGCGUGCCUCAAUCCGCUGCGGCGAGAAGCUUUUCUACUGCCAAAGAUGGAUCCAAGGAUCCUGCAGAACUAGAUCGAAUUUCUACCUUGCCAAACGGAAUCCGCGUCGCUACCGAAUCCCUGCCAGGCCCUUUCGCUGGAGUUGGUGUCUAUGUCGAUGCUGGAUCCCGCUACGAAGAUGAAAGUCUGCGCGGAGUGAGCCACAUCAUGGAUCGGUUGGCUUUCAAGUCCACCAAGUCACACUCGGCCGAUGAGAUGUUGGAAGCUCUUGAGAACCUUGGCGGAAACAUUCAAUGUGCCUCAUCCCGUGAGUCGCUGAUGUACCAGUCGGCCAGCUUUAACUCGGCCGUUCCCUCCACGCUCGGACUUCUGGCGGAGACUAUCCGCGACCCUCUUAUCACGGAGGAGGAAGUGGUCCAGCAGCUGGCUACGGCCGAGUAUGAGAUUGGCGAGAUCUGGUCCAAGCCCGACCUCAUCCUGCCGGAGCUGGUGCACACGGCGGCCUACUCCAACAACACUCUGGGAAACCCCUUGCUCUGCCCGGCGGAGAGACUAGGCGAGAUCAACAAGUCCGUCGUGGACAAGUACCGACAGACGUUCUUCAAUCCGGAGCGAAUGGUGGUUGCCUUUGCCGGGGUGGAGCAUAACGUGGCGCUUGAGCUCACGAAGCAGUACUUCGGUGAUAUGAAGUCAAACAGGCCGGCGCUCUCGGGAACCGGCGUCGAGACUACCUUGUCUCAGUCCGAAUCGGCUUUGCAGGAAGGACAGGUGCCUACAGUCCCUCAAUUCACGCCAUCUUCGACGGUAUCUACCACACCUCCCACCACCAAGUCGGGGAUCCUUUCGAAACUCCCCUUCUUGAAGAACCUCUCCAUGUCAGGCUCGCAGAACGGUUCCGCGUCGCCACUUGAUCCGUCGCUGCUGCAGUCGACUACGCUAGACUUGACCCGGCCUUCGCAUUACACUGGUGGCUUCCUCUCCUUGCCUCCCAUCCCCCCGCCCGCCAACCCCAUGUUGCCUCGACUGAGCUACAUCCACCUUGCCUUCGAGGCCCUCCCUAUCUCCAACCCCGACAUCUAUGCUCUCGCCACCCUCCAGACCCUCCUCGGCGGUGGUGGAUCCUUCUCCGCCGGAGGCCCCGGAAAGGGCAUGUAUUCCCGUCUCUACACCAACGUGCUGAACCAACACGGAUGGGUGGAGAGCUGUGUUGCAUUCAACCACAGUUACACGGACAGUGGCAUCUUUGGCAUCUCCGCGUCCUGCAGUCCCACCCGCACGACCGAGAUGCUGGAGGUGAUGUGCCGUGAGCUGCAGGCUCUGACCUUGGACAACGGUUACUCCGCUCUCCAGCCCCAGGAGGUCGAGCGUGCGAAGAACCAGCUCCGUUCCUCGCUCCUCAUGAACCUGGAGUCGCGUAUGGUGGAGCUGGAGGAUCUCGGACGCCAGGUCCAGGUCCACGGCCGGAAGGUUAGCGUCAAGGAGAUGUGCCGGCACAUUGAGCGCUUGACGGUGAAGGACCUGCGUCGGGUUGCCAGAAAGGUCUUUGGCGGUCUCGUGCAGAACCCGGGUAAGGGCACCGGAAAGCCCACUGUUGUCCUGCAGGAAGGCGAGCUCGAGGGUUACAAGCUCCGUCCCUUCCCUUGGGGAGAGAUUCAGGACCGGAUAGCCAGGUGGCAGUUGGGAAGACGGUAGAUUGAAGGAUGAACGACCGAUUGAGGUUCCUAGUUUAGCGAACCUCAAAGAAAGAAUAGCAUCCUCAGGACUCCUAUUGUCUGGAUGUAAGUUGGGAUAGAGCAGGCCUUUCACAGAUUCUUCACUCUAUGUAAUUAGAUAUAGC